CUAUUUGUAAUAUAACGAUGUCUGUUGCAAUUUCUGAUACACAAAUUACGCUUUGGUGCUUUAAAUAUAGAAGUAGUUCUUUCUCCGUAACCGUUGAAAACAAUAAUUCUAUUUUUGACCUAAAGAAAGCCAUUUUAGAGGAAGUUAGUGUACCUGACAAUGUAAAAGCCAAAGAUCUCAGACUUUGGAACAUUGAAGCAACUUUUUAUGGAGUCCAAGGAAACAAUAUUCAAGUUGUCGUUAGAGCUCCUAUUGUUACCAAGCAUCCUAUAAAGAAACGUCAAAUAGAACAGGGCUGGAAGUCAUACAUCGCCUCUAAUGGUCACUCCGUAGAAUUGCCACCCCAAAUAAUUGACAUGCUUGAAAGUGACAAAUUCGUAUCUGAUCCGCGCACUACUUUUAGAACUGCCUUCCAGAACAUUCAUGUUGGCCAAUCAAUUACCCUACCACAUCUUGGUCAGGAACUUAAGCACUUCGCUGAAGGUUAUCAAGGAAGGACAUUGCUUAUUACUGGGCAGAUGAUUGACAUAUGGGAUAAGCUUUCAGCAGAUAAUGACUAUUCGAUCAAGCGCGUUCUUUCAGGUCCAAUGGGCAUGAGUAAAUCAUAUAUUUCCUACUUCCUUGCAUCUAAAGCUUAUGCUAAAGAAUGGUCAAUACUAUACAUCGCAGAUGCAUCUGAUCUAAAUGUAGAAUCAUCUAAGAAAGCAGGAGAUAAGAUUGAAGUUACCAUCGCCGAAGAAAUUCUAGACUUAAUCAAAUUAGCAGAUCAUAAAGCUCUAUUAAUUGUUAACGAACAUGGAGAAAGUUUCAAAUUUGCACGUGUAAUCUUAAUGGGAACUGCACAUGCUAGAUAUGAGAGAGAAUAUAUGAAAAAAGUUGCACCCCGUUCUGAGGAUAUAAGGCAUCAAAGAAGAGGCAAAAAAGUAUUAAAAAAAUUUGAGAUUGAACGGGUCGACAAGAUUCUGGUUAUUACUCAAAAAUAUUAUAAUAGUCUCACAAAAACUGAAAAAACUCACUAUUAUAAUGCUCUCACAAGCAUGUUUCUUCCUAGUAAACCCAUUGUGCAGUUUGAAUGGAAGUUCCUAGAUCUUGGGUUAAUUUAUCAGUACAAGGAAGGGAUUACUCAUUACCUCCCUCUAUGCCCAUCUGCCCAGAAAGCCUUAUUAAAAAUGUACAUGUUAUUUGAUCUACCUGAAAAUAUAAAAAACCAACUCCGUGUAGGAAGUCUAACUAGAGAGCAAUUUGAGAAAGCCUUAUUCAAUCGACUUGUGUGCAAAUGUAACACAACAAUACAACUUAAUACAACGGAUCUCAAUAAUAAUAAUAGAAAUGUUAUUACACUUCAUUUUAAUGACUAUGAUUUGAUUAAAAAUUCCCAAUUAUCCCUCGGAUCUGGUAACGAUAAAGUCUUAGGUCAUGAUUUUUAUAGGUACUCCCGAUUUGAUUACAUGCUCGGACCUAUAUUUAUACAGGUAUCUAUCAGUGAUUUUAUUUCACACAAUAGCAAAUCAUCAACAAACAUCAGGAAAGCAUUUGAACUAAUGUCUGCACUAGCUGAUUCACAAAAUAGGUUUAUUGUUACCAGAAAUGGCAUACGCGUGCCUGGAUUUCAUAUUGUCUAUAUUCGAGGUAGUCCCAACACUCCCAAUCACUCUGGAAAAGUUCGUGAAUUCCCUGACAUAGCGCAUGUUACCUUCGAGGAGAUCAAAAGUCAGCUUUUCUCAAAUAUAGUAUAA